CUUUUUCCCGGCACUGAAACUAAAAAGCUUUCCCCUUUCCGCCAUUUUUUCUCUUCUAUUUUCUUGGGAACCAAUCAGAAUCCGAAUUGCCCAAAUCUUCAUCCCCAAACCCUGAAUCUCCCCCCAAUGAAUACCAGUUAACGCCACCGCAAAUCUUUUUUGGUCUUUAGAGAAGAAGAUGGUCGGGUUCAAUGGCGGAGAAGGUGGCGCCGAAGAACCUCAAAGGUUUCGUAUAGUGCAGCCACAAAGAGAUUUAGAAGCUAAUUGGGAUGUCGACCUUGCGAAUAAGCUUGAAGAUUAUCUCUUGAGGAUUUGUUCCGGCCAAAUUACUGCUUCUGUGGAAGACGACGGUCGCAAUCCUGUCAAUUUUGCUGAAGCUGCUUUGCUGCUUCAGGGCUCAGUUCAGGUCUAUAGUCGGAAAGUUGAGUAUCUUUACAACUUGGUUUUGCAUGCUUUGGAGUUUCUUUCUCAGAGACAACAAGAUCAAUCAGAAGGCACAUCAGCACAGCCCGAACAAAAUGCUUCCCAUGCAGUUUCUGGUGGAGAAAGUGAUGACUUUUGGGUCUUAGUUGAUGUCCCAGUGGAAGCAAAGAACUGUUUAGAUAGUUCAGUAAGUAAGGAGACUUUAUUGAAUCACUUUGUGAAGCCCCCAGCAAAUCUGGUUGUGCUUGAAGGAGAUUGCUUAGAUACUGCUGGUGAUGGCAAUGAAUUAGAGUCUUACCUGCUAGCAACAAAUGAUCUCUACCAAGAUUUUAUUCUAUUAGAACCAUGUGAUGCAGUAGGGGUUGAUGAUUAUCUGAAGGGUAGAGUUGAUAAAGGACAACAUGGAGCAUACAGAGGCAGCUCAACUUGCAGGAGCUUCUUGUCUCCCACUAGACAUUCUGGUGCAACUGCACAUCAGUCAUCUCUUGGAAAGAAUAAAAAUGCUAAUGUUGAUCACUCUCCUACGAUUGACUGUGGUUUUGAGGCUAAUGACUGUAACAUGGGGCCUCAUCCUACCACAAAUGAUAAUUAUGAAGAUAUAAAUCAUGGGUUUGAUAUGGAUGAUAGACAUCAAGAACCUGAAAACUUGGAUGAUUCAGAUGACGACAACAAUCCAUGGAACCCUUUGAACCCUCAUGAACCAGGGAACUUAAAAGUGAAGCCUUUCAGAAGAGUGAAUGCUUGCAGAAGGAAUGUCUUCGAUGCAAAAAAGUCAACCUCAAUAGCUACCAUUUUUCCACUUGCUAGAUUGCAUGGUACUGUUAGUCCUGAGCUGACAGAAAUUUGCGAGUCACAACAGAAAACCUUUAAUAGCCAAAGGAGGUCUCAAUCUCCUCCAUUAUAUGAAAAGCUCCGGCAGUCACUUGUAGAUCAAGGAAGUGGAGCUUGUAUUGAUUUUACAAUUCCCAAUGAUGACACUGAGGAAAAUAGAUCUGAAGGUGGGUUCCAUGAUUUUGGACAUGAUUUUGAUGUGCUAGAGAGCAUGACUAUGGAGGAAGAUGCUUCCUUUCACCAUGACAAGCAUGGUGAUGGUGUAGCUCAUUUUGGAACUGAUGAAGCAUUUGACAAUGUGCGCCCCAUUUCUCAAGAAACUCUGGAAGAUCUGUGUCGCUCUCACCUUGAUGCUCUACUUGCAAGCAUAGCUGAGAAUGAGAAGCAGACUGAACUGGCUGCUCGAAUUUCAUCCUGGAAACAGAAAAUUGAGCAGAACUUGGAAGAGCAGUGUUAGUUUUUUGACAGGAGUCACACCCUCCCUUUGAUAUUCAUGAGUAUGGUGAAAGAAUAAUUGACAAACUUUUGCUUGAUCCUAAUAAUGGAAAUGCUAUGUCAUUCACUGCUAUUGUAAGGAACCAAGAAAAGCAUGA